UUACUUCUUGAUAUGUCGAGUUACAAUUAUAAGCUUCAUUUAUAAUGAGGGUAGCAAAUGAACGUAUAAUUAAGAGUUAUAUAAUUGAUAGAGAUAUAGAAAGAUAGAUGCCUUUGUCCAGUUAAUUUUGUUGUUAUCUUUGGACAAGAAUCUCAAGAAAAAAGAAGCCCCCCAUUUUGCGCCUCAAAAACUACAAACUCUCUCACCCUCACACCCCUCCAAACCCCUUUCUUCUUCAACCUCCUGCUACUGCGUCAGACAAAAACAUGGGCCUUGUUUUUCUCUUUCUCAAACCCACCACCUCCUCCACAACCCCCUUCUUCUUCCUCCUCCUCUUUCUUCUCCUCACCUUCCUCUCUUUUCUCACUGCACCCACUCUCGCAGACACCAACCGCCAUAUCUCCACCCCAGACUUCGGCAACAUUGCCACCACAUCAUCAAACCCAUCACCUUCCCCACCCAACGCGGGCCCCGCCAAGGCCUCCUCCUUCCGGCCGAGCAUCGCCAUAAUCGUCGGCGUCCUCACCACAUUGUUCUCCAUCACAUUUCUCCUCCUCCUCUACGCCAAGCACUGCAAACGCGGUGCUCUCGUCGUCGUCACCAGAAACUCCAAUUCCGGACCCUCCGGAUCCACCCAGCGCAAAAACUCGGGUAUUGACCGCUCCGUCGUCGAGUCCUUACCCGUUUUCCGGUUCGGGUCGCUCCGAGGUCAGAAGGAGGGGCUCGAGUGCGCCGUCUGCCUGACCCGGUUCGACCGGGCCGAGGUCCUCCGUCUCCUCCCCAAGUGCAAGCACGCCUUCCACGUCGAGUGCGUCGACACGUGGCUCGACGCCCACUCCACCUGCCCGCUUUGCCGCUACCGGGUCGACCCGGAGGACGUGCUCUUAGUGGACGACGCCUCUAAGAUCUUGCACAGCCAGCAAAGCAGCGACGUCGUUUUGGAUAUCGAGAAUGACCCGGGUUAUCGCCGGAUUUCGGGGCGCCACUCGUUCGCCGGAGAGCAAAGACCGGGUAACCCGAUUCUGACGUGGUCAUUUCGGAGGUCUCUGGACAGCUGGACGGCGUUUAGAAAGAAGAGCGAACCGUCGACCGUCGGGGGAUGCCUUGACCGCCCGAGAAAAGACGGGCUGCUGUUGGGCCAGGACAGGACGAGGUUGGAACACCGGAUUAUUAUCUCCCCCGGGUUGCCUUGUGGCCCUGGCGGGCUCCACCAAAGAUGGAGCGACGUACAGCCGUCGGAUCUUCUGUAUCUACGGUCGGAGAUGAUUAUGAGCGAGGGGUUGCCACGUCAGCCGCCUCAGCAGAAUGAGAAUAAUAAUGCUCAGCAGGUGAUCGCAGUGCCAGCGGGGCCCGCGGGGCCAGCAAGGCCAGCAGGGAUCGUAGAGAGCAGAAGAUCGUGGAGCUGUGGUGGUGGCAGUAGCGUAAUAAAUUCGAGAAGCGUGUCGGAAAUCACUGGGCUGAGCAGAUUUUCGAACAGAGCGAGGAGUAAUGAGAGUCUGAGCCACCACCAACAGCAGCAACAACAGCGACAGCUCAAGCUUGUGGCCAGGUGGCUAACGUGGGUUUCUUCUCUCUCACGACCGGGUAUACGGACAGAGCGUACAACCACCACCACUCCACCGCCCGUCUGUUAGCUUUUAGUACCCUUUUUAUACGGAAGACGCCAGAACUUAUAUAGGAGAAGAAGAAAAAGCCAGUUCACUACCUUCCAAAAUAUUUUUUAUUUUUGUGGCUGAGAAUAUAAUUUUCAUGGGAAAAAAAGACAUUUAUUAGUGUGUUCUUAAACGGGAAAGGAAGGGGAACACUGGAAGGCAUGUGGAUGUUAGAGUUAGGCUAGACACACGAGGAGAAGGAUAGAUAUUCCAGACAACCACGGAUACCGAAAUGGCACGUGGAUAUUUUUUGAUGCGGAAAUCGCUUAUUUCUUCUAUUUUUCUUGGUAGCCACCUUGUUUGGUUCUCCGGCAUUUGUAUAUGUUAUUGUUUCAGAAUUUAGAUUUAGAUAUUCAAUUAUUCAGAUUUCUCA